AUGAAGAAGACUUCGAAGCGCAUCCCUGGGAAGGUCAUUGACAGGUUCUGGGAGCCUCUCGAUCGAGGCAAUUUGGCGUCGUUGGACCGCAUUCUCAACAUCUGCCUCACAAAGGCCAUGGAACGCUACGAGGGAAGCAAACUAACAGCCGCCCAACGCAUCCUCACCCACACCUGGACAAGCGAUAACCCUCGAUCGUUCAAAUCGAGGCUCAACACUACCAAAGUGCCUCUCACAACCACCUUGGGGAAGGUGGACGACCCGUUGAGUCUUGAUCAGGUGUUGAGAAGAAAGACGUUCUUGGAGACAUACCUACUGGCGGAAUUGAAGCAACUAUCUGAGCUUCAGAAGCACUACCAGGAGCAAGAAAUUGCCUACAAGCUGGACUUGGAUUACUUGGAGGAGCUCCGCAAAACUACUUCUAUACACCAGAUGAAAAUGGACAAGGAUACAAAGCCGUUGGACCUUGAACCGGUCAAAGAGAAUAUCGGUCUAGCAUCUACAGAAAAUCCCAAGGUAUUUGAUCCUGACACUGAUGAAGACACCAAAAGAAUUCUUGACUCCUUGAGCAAGCAUUUCAAAAGCAUUAAGAAAAAUACAGAGCAAUUGACCCUGUUCAAUGACAGGUUGGAGGUGGUGUACAAUAUUCUUGACGUGUUAUGA